GCGACGCACACCGAUCUGCAGCCGGGGUACAGCCAAUCAUAUGUUCCUUUGUCUCACCUCGCGGAUUUUGGUCGACGGCGACUUCUCCUAAACUCAGUCUCUGGGAUUGAUAGCGUGCGCAUUAAUUUUGGGCAUUUUUCGCUCGGUUGGGUCAGCAAUGGAUAGGCCAAUACCUGCAUUUUAUGCAUGUUACCUGCUACGCUCUACAGUUCGCCAUCAAAAUCUCUAUGUCGGAAGUACGCCACACCCUGUGAGGCGUUUAAAACAACACAACGGAAUGGCCAAAGGUGGAGCAGUGAGAACUUCGAGGGAUACGUUGCGACCAUGGGAAAUGACUUGCCUUGUCACUGGCUUUCCUUCAAAGAUUGCUGCUUUGCAAUUCGAAUGGGCAUGGCAGAACACACAUCAAACGCGGCACAUUGCUCCAGAUGAGCGUAUUACACAGGCCAACACAAAACAAAGAUUCUCACCUAGGAGUGGAAAGGUACGCAAGCGCACAGGACGUCCUCGCAUGUCAAUGCACGAUAAGCUUGCGAAUCUUCACAUCCUGUUACGAGCAAAGAGUUUCGAGCGCUGGCCCUUGCAGGUCAAGUUCUUCGCCGAAGACGUGUUCAAAAUGUGGCAUCGAUGGACAUUGAAUAUGGCUGAAGUCGUUCGGCAAGGUAUCGAAGUUGGGAUGGAUCAAUCCGUCUUAGACAAGACUACUUUGGAAGAGGAGAACCCUGAACAGCCCAUCGGCAUCUACAAGAUCGAUCCCACGUACCUACACGUGAAGAUCACCCUUGCGAAGAGUCAGGAACUAUUGGUUGCUCCAAGCAACAGCUGCGCCCUCUGUAGCUCUGCUCUUGACUCCAAACGAGAGAUGGCGCUUGUCUGCUCAAAUCAAGCGUGUAACACCAUUUUCCAUGUUGGAUGUUUGUCAUCACAUUUUCUCAGUGGCGAACAUGGUGCGCAGAACGCAAUUCUACCAACGCAUGGGAAUUGCACUUCAUGCAAAUCAAAUCUGAACUGGACCGAUCUGGUGAAGGACCUGAGUCUACGAAUCCGUGGUCAUAAGGAGGUGUCUGCCUUGUUCAAGGAGCCAAAACGUCGCAAAAAGAAUUCAAAAGAGGAUGCAAAGAGUAUGGUUGUGGCGGACGAUGAAGAAGCUUACGAGCCCGAUGUUCUAGCAGAGGAGAGUGAUGUUGAAGGUGAUCUCGAUGACACCUUGCUACAGUCGGAAUGCGGAGACGUUGACCAGAUCCAACUUACGCCACCUGAUGAUGAGGAUUGGAAGCUUGUCGAUGAGCUGGCUACACAGGCCACGUAUAGAGCGGUCACAUCAGCAAGUUCUUCGGCUACUAAAGUGAGAAAGGAGAUUAUCGAAGACAGCGACUGGGACGAGGCUGAAGUCAUCGAAUGAGUCGAGGUAUAUCCGCAGGUCGAAAGAUCCGGAUUGCCUUCGAUUAGAUCUCCGUAGCUGUCGGUUGCGAGGGUGGCCACACAAGGACGAUCACCACGGCCGA